CCGAUGCCAGUUGGACAUCGUCGUCCGUGCGCGUGCAGUGCGAGUGCGUGUUAGUGCGUCGCGUGAAAGGUGUCACUCCCUUUCUAUCAGAUUGGUUAAGCGGUGUUGUCAUAAUUAAAACGCUCCAGUUUGUGGUCCAGCAAAACAAGAGUGAAAGCAAAGCAAUUGUGAAGUGUGCGUGCGUGCGCGUGCGUGUGUGUUAGUGAGUGUGUGGGCGGUUUCGGUGCACAUAGAACGUUCCGGACGUUCUUGUUCUGUCGGAGCAAAGUGUCCGCGACACAUGCUUAUCGGUCAGCGCUAGAAACCCUGAGGGCUGAAGUCUACAAAAAAGAAAGGCAAGUGUAAGUGAGUGAACGAAGAAACCGGGUGCCCCCAAUCUCCACCCCGCCGCCUGCAGUCGAGCGAACGGUGAGUGAAAAAGACGUGAAGAAGUGCACCAACCGUACGCGAUGGGACACGGCCACGUGCUCCGGGACCGGGUGCGGCUGAUUAGCGGUAACAGCGGCAGGCUGUUGCUAAUUGCCACCAUCGUCGCCCUGGUCGCCGGGCUGGCCGAGGGGCUCGGAUGUCCGCAGAAGUGCUCCUGCCAGCAGCGAACAGUGCGAUGCGUCAAACAGCAGCUCGAUAAGGUUCCGGAAAUGCCGCCCGAUACGAGCAUAAUCGAUCUGCGGUACAAUCACAUCCGCGAGGUACCGACCGGUGCGUUCGACGGGCUGCAGCAUUUGCAUACGAUCUUUCUUAACGAGAACCAGCUGACGAAAAUCCACUCAGGUGCAUUCCGGGACCUGCCAUCGCUCAAGUAUCUCUAUCUCAACCGUAACCGAAUCGGUACCAUCGCCGCGGAUGCAUUCAUCUCCUUGAGCCGGCUGCACAGCAUGUACUUACACUUCAACAACCUCAGCCGACUGGAACCACAAACCUUCAGCAAUAUGGCCUCGCUGGAACGACUCUAUUUGCACGGCAACCAAAUUAAGACCAUUCCGGAGGGAAGCUUCGUGCGGCUGCCGUCCCUGCGCCGGCUCCGGCUGGACGAUAAUGCGCUCGAGUGCGACUGCUCGCUGCUCUGGUUCGUUCGGACGAUGCAGCAACCGAACCGGAAAUCCCUGGUGGCCGGUGCAACCUGCGCCACGCCGCCCGCCCUCGAAGGUCAACCAAUUAGCUCGAUCACGGAGGAGGACUUCCACUGCGCGAAACCGGAAAUUGUCGUCCAGCCGAGGGACAUCGAGAUAAGCUACGGCCAGACGGCCGUAUUCAGCUGCAAGGCAUCGGGUGACCCACGGCCGGAAAUUGUCUGGCUGCAGGAGGGCAGCCCGAUCCGGUCGGAAUCGGACGGCCGGAUAACGCUACUGCCCGACGGGUCGCUGCGUAUCGACGAGAUUGUGCCGGCCGACGCCGGCCAGUACGCGUGCAUCGCCCGCAACAGCCUGGGGGAGUCGCGGUCACGCACCGCCAGCCUGGCAGUCAACAACGAGGUGGUCGAAAGCGAGGCGGAAGCGCCCAAGUUCCUGCGCACACCGGCCGACCCGCUCGAGCUGCUCGAGGGCGAACCAAUCGUGCUGGAUUGUGUCGUUACCGGUGCCCCGACGCCGAGCAUUCUGUGGAAAUUCAAUAACGAAAACAUCCAGAACGGACGCAUCAAGCUGUUUGGCAAUGGUUCGCUGAUUCUGCCCACCUCGACGCUCGAUGACGGUGGCAUCUAUACCUGCUGUGCCGGGAACGCGCUCGGCAACAUUUCGGUCAACGUGACGGUGCUGGUGAACGCUCGCCCGCUUGAAUCCACCAGCUCAUCCACGGCAGCAUCCGCAUCGGCGUCCCCGGUACCGGCGACUGUAGCUAUUCCAACGACCGCACAGCCACCGAGCAGUGCUACCCCGCUUUCGAAACCAUCGCCCAAACCGACAGAGCUUAGCAAUGCCAUACCGGGGGAUUCCGGGGCCGGAGAACAUGAAGCACCGCCGAGAAUCGUGCUCGGGCCGGAAAAUCAGAACGUGAAAGUCGGCUCCACGCUGACGCUGGAAUGUGAAGCGGACGGUAACCCGUUGCCCCACAUCUGGUGGAAAAAGGACGGCCUGCCGGUGAACGAAACGAGCCAGGUCUACUUUACCGACGAUGCGAUCGAGCUGACCAUCGACCAUGUGGAGGAGUCCGAUUCAGGCACGUACGUGUGUGUAGCCGAGAAUGAGCUGGGCAUUGCCGAGGUCGAGGCGGAAGUGGUCGUGAUCAACGUCGGUCCACCGCGCUUCCUGUUUGAACCGUACGACCUGGAUGCCAUCGAGGGCACGACGGUUGAGAUGCCCUGCAAAGCGGAGAACGACGAUAUUCUGCAGAUCAAAUGGCAAAAGGAGGGUCGUACCAUAACCCCGAAAGACAAGUAUCGUAUAUCAUCCGCCGGCAGUUUGUUCAUCGCCAACAUCACGCUCACGGACGAGGGCCGGUACGAGUGCUCGCUGCUGAACAAGUAUGGCCGUGCGACGGCCAGCGGUAUGCUGACGGUGAAGAAAAAGGCGGAGACACUGCCCGGCGACCAGUACGUGCGGAUUGCGAUUGCCGAAGCGUCCCGGGAGGUGGAUAUGGCCAUUAAUCAAACCAUCGGGCGCAUGUUUUCGACGGGCCGCAACACCACACGCUACCACGACGACCUAUUCCGCAUCGUGCGCUUCCCGACCGGUCCUGCCCGGGAGAUUGCCCGCGCCGCCGAAGUGUACGAGCGGGCGCUGGUGAUUAUCCGGAAGCAUGUGGAGAGUGGUGCCAAUCUUACCACCAACACGACCGACUUCUGGUACCAGGAUCUCCUUUCGCCGGAGUAUCUGGAUCUGCUGGAGCAACUGUCCGGAUGUAUGGCGCAUCGCGUCACACCGAACUGUUCCGAUCUGUGCUUCCACUCGAAGUAUCGCUCGCUGGAUGGUACGUGUAACAACUACAAACACCCUGCCUGGGGUUCGUCGCUUACCGGUUUCCAACGAUUGCUUCCACCGGUUUAUGAGAACGGAUUCAACAGUCCGAUCGGCUGGAAUCGUUCGGCAGUGUACAAUGGAUAUAGGAAACCGAGUGCGCGACUCGUCUCGACCAGUCUGAUCUCCACCAGUACCAUCACACCGGACGAUCGUAUCACGCACAUGGUGAUGCAGUGGGGUCAAUUCCUGGAUCACGAUCUCGAUCACGCCAUACCGUCGGUAACGUCCGAAAGCUGGGACGGUGUGGAUUGUAAGAAGACUUGCGAGUAUGCAGCCCCAUGCUACCCGAUCGACAUACCGCCCGGUGAUCCGCGCAUCCAGAAUCGACGCUGCAUCGACUUUGUCCGCUCGAGCGCUGUUUGCGGGUCCGGCAUGACGUCCAUCUUUUUCGGCAGUGUUCAACCGCGCGAACAGAUUAACCAGCUGACGGCGUUCAUUGAUGCGUCCCAGGUGUACGGUUACACGGAAACGUUCGCGCAGGAGCUGCGCAAUCUCACCACCGAGCAGGGAUUGCUGCGCGAUGGACCUCACUUCCCACAGCAAAAGCCACUGCUGCCCUUCUCGGCACCGACCGACGGGAUGGAUUGUAGGCGCGAUCUGGACGAAAGUCAGAUCAACUGCUUCACGGCGGGUGAUAUCCGCGUGAACGAGCAGCUCGGACUGACGACGAUGCACAUCGUGUGGAUGCGGGAGCACAACCGGCUGGCGGAACAGCUGCACCGCAUCAAUCCGCACUGGGACGGGGACAAACUGUACUACGAAAGUCGCAAGAUCGUGGGAGCAAUCAUGCAGCACAUCACGUACGAGCACUGGCUGCCGAUGGUGCUGGGCGAGCGAGGAAUGGCUCAGCUUGGGGAGUACCGCGGGUACGACUCGAACGUGAAUCCAACCAUUUACAAUGAGUUUGCAACGGCCGCGUUCCGCUUUGGGCACAGUUUGAUCAAUCCGAUACUGCACCGGCUGAAUGAUUCGUAUCAACCGAUCCCGCAGGGACAUCUGCCACUGCACAAAGCAUUCUUCGCACCGUGGCGACUGAUGUAUGAAGGUGGCGUUGAUCCGCUUCUCAGAGGACUGUACACUGUGCCGGCAAAGUUGAAGAAAUCGAACCAGAAUCUUAACACCGAUCUAACGGAGCGACUGUUCGAAGUUGCGCAUGCUGUGGCGCUCGAUCUGGCCGCGAUCAAUAUCCAGCGAUCGCGUGAUCAUGCCCUCCCCGGGUACAACGACUACCGCAAGCUUUGUGGGAUGAAGGUUGCGCAAGAGUUUGAAGAUUUGAGCGGAGAAAUAGCGGACCCGUUGGUGCGGCAGAAGCUGAAGGAGCUUUACGGACAUCCGAGCAAUAUCGAUCUAUGGGUUGGAGGAAUUCUGGAGGAUCAACUGCCGGGCGCUAAGAUGGGACCACUGUUUACCUGCAUUCUGGUGCGUCAGUUCCGCGCGCUGCGCGAUGGAGAUCGAUUCUGGUACGAGAAUGAAGUGUUCAAGCCGGAACAGCUGGCACAGAUCAAGCGUGCCUCGCUCGGUCGUAUCAUCUGUGAUAAUGGCGACAACAUUACAACCAUCACGGAUAACGUGUUCGUGCUGCCGUCGAAGCAGGGUGGCUACAAGCGAUGCGAUGAGAUCCCGCAGGUUAAUCUGGAACAUUGGGUUGACUGUGCCGACUGUUCGCGUCAUCACAAGCGUUACGCACCCUUGCUACGGCAGCGAAGAUCGGUGAGUCGUACGAAACGUGCCCUGUCAGUGAGCCCAGCCAAACUCGACGGUACCAAUCAUCAAGAUCGGUUGGAACAACCACACCCGGAAGACGAGGGCCAUUACGCACUGAACGAUAAUCAUCUCGAGCAGACAGAGGAUGAUUCAUCUUUUGUCGAUGACGACAUGAACGAGGAACGGAUCGAAGGGCUGGAGGCGCUGAUCGAAAGCUUCCAAAAGUCGAUGAAACAGAUGCGAAGGAAGAUACGCCGCCUGGAGCAGCAGUGUUCGGCCGCGGUACUUGCGGCAGCCGCCGCUGUCGGUGGUAAUGCUGGUGGGGCUGGGUCCAACCCGGCCAAGGGUAAACCGCACGGCCACUGUGUGGACAAUAAGGGCAUCAAGCGGUUAAACAACGAGAUCUGGAUGCGGGACGACUGUACCAAGUGUGAGUGCGAGCAUCACCAGAUCAGCUGCGAGACGGAGAAGUGUGCGGAGCUGAUCUGCGAGAACAAUCUCGUGCUGGUGAAGGAGGAGGGCAAGUGCUGUCCGGCGUGCGUCGUUGCGGACGAGAGCGGUACCAUGACCACCAUGAUCAUUAAGGAGGGACAGUAGAGUGUGAGGCCAGUUUGAGCAAAUCAAUUAUCAAGGAUCGCUCGAUCUCUACGAGCGACACGCCAUGGAAUCGAAUUCUGGAGUGGACUGAACUGAGAGAGGCGUUUGUGGAAGAGGAUCCUCCAGUGAACGGGAGCGAUAUCAAUAAUCUAGAAACGAGAGGUGAAGCUAAGGAGGAGACACGAGAGACUAGCUAUGUGGUACAUAUAUCUCUUAUCAUGUGACUCAGUUAUGUGCCAUACUGUACACUUUCCGUCGAGCUGUACUUCUAACCAUACCGUUGAUAGACGUUAACUUCGUUUCGUUAGCAGCAAUUAUUAAGCGUGUUAGUGUGUUCUCCCGCUAGACAGCCCUGUACGGUGUCUAGGGAUAGUAGGUUGUAUCCGAAAGGAUCAUUCAUUAUUAGUGCAGUAGAUGUUUUUGAGUUGUUGUAAUUGGUUAUACAAAAAAGGGCUCGUGGUUCUUGGUUUUAGUUUCCCAACAGCUUCAGAACCGUUUUAAUAAGCUCAAUACACUCAUCAACAAAA